AGGAAUCUUUAACGCGAACUGGUCACCCUAACGACGCCAUGUCGCUGCUUGCAUGAAAAUUUUAUUGACUCGCAAAGUGAUCGAAUCCAAACCAAUUUAAUUAAAGAUAUAUUUAUUGUACAUAUAUAGAACGCAGUGUAUAGCAAGUUAGUGUACAUAAGCUAAGAGGAUGGCGCUGCAGACAUACGGUGAUAAGCCUGUGGCCUUUCAGCUGGAGGAGGGCGGCGAAUAUUAUUAUGUAGGCUCCGAGGUGGGCAAUUAUAUGCGACACUUCCGUGGCAUCCUCUACAAAAAGUAUCCGGGUAUGACACGCAUUGUCCUCUCCAAUGAGGAGCGAAAGCGUCUAGCCGACUCUGGCCUCAGUUCACACAUACUGGCGAGUUCGGUGUCGCUGCUCCGCGCCGUUGAAGUCGACGACAUUAUGGCCGGCAAUGAUGAGAAGUAUCGUGCUGUGUCAGUAAACACCUCGGAUACACCCGCGCCACGUGAGAGCAAAUCGAAGAAGCAACCGCAAUACGUACCAACAAUGCCCAAUUCAAGUCACCUGGAUGCAGUGCCGCAGGCGACGCCCAUUAAUCGGAAUCGUGUGCACACGAAGAAGGUGCGCACAUUCCCAAUGUGCUUUGACGACACCGAUCCCACGGCGAGUCUGGAGAAUGCAGCGCAGAAAGAGUGUCUGGUGCCCAUACGCCUAGACAUGGAGCUGGAGGGGCAAAAGUUGCGCGACACUUUCACAUGGAACAAGAACGAGAGCAUGAUAACACCUGAACAAUUUGCUGAAGUACUCUGCGAUGAUCUCGACCUGAAUCCCCUGCCAUUUGUGCCGGCGAUUGCACAGGCGAUACGCCAGCAAAUCGAAGCGUUCCCCAACGAUCCGCCCAUACUCGAGGAGAGCUGCGAUCAGCGUGUCAUUGUCAAACUGAACAUACACGUGGGCAACACAUCUCUUGUCGACCAGGUCGAAUGGGACAUGUCCGAGAAGAACAACAAUCCCGAAGAGUUUGCCAUCAAGUUGUGCGCCGAAUUGGGUCUGGGCGGUGAAUUUGUCACAGCGAUUGCGUACAGCAUACGUGGGCAAUUGUCGUGGCAUUGUCGCACCUAUGCCUUCAGUGAGGCACCAUUGUCCACGAUUGAUGUGCCGUUUCGCAAUCCAAGCGAUGCGGACGCCUGGGCACCAUUCCUAGAGACGCUAACCGAUGCCGAAAUGGAGAAGAAAAUCCGCGACCAGGAUCGAAAUACACGACGCAUGCGACGCUUGGCAAAUACAACAACUGGCUGGUAAUCGACUCGAAUCACAUCGCAUCGGAUCGGAACGUUCCUGUAAUCCCCGCUUGGAGCUGGGAAAAUAUGUUAAGCUAGUCAAGAAAUUAACGCUAGCACGGCAAGUUUUCUCAGCUCUAUUUAAUAGUGAUUAUAAAGAAAUCAGUUAUUGUAAAAUGAAUUCAACAUGCAUUUAGUUAGUGUGUACACUUAAAAUUAAAUUUCGAUACAUUUAUAAUCACUAUUAAGGUAUAAUUGUCUGUUGCAUUCGUCUGAUUCCAGUUUCGAUCGGCAAUACAAAUAUAUAAUAAAUACAUGUCUGUGUCUAUUUUAAAGCCAA